UAUUUUAAUUUUAUCUAUAUUUCGUAGACAAAACGUAGUUGACAUUCUAUCAUCAUACGUGCAUAAAGAUUUAACUCUGUUUAUGUUUGUUUUUAACAUAUUCUGAAGAAAAUUUGAAAACUUCAUUUAUACAUUGAGUUAUGAUUAAAAAGUCUAUUAGAAGAACUUUAUAAUUAACUUGUAAUUUAUAUUAGUAUAAAAAUUAAUAUAAUUCAAUAUGUCUGAAUCUAUGGAUAUUUCUGAAUCUGCUAACGAAAAUAUUUUUACCCAACCUGAUGUAUCUGCUCAAAUAAGUAAGAAGGAGAAGAAGCCAACAUGUAUCAUCAUUCUUGGAAUGGCCGGGUCUGGCAAAACCACAUUUGUACAAAGACUUGUUUCAGUAUUAUACAAAACAGGAAAACCUUAUGUAAUAAAUUUAGACCCUGCAUGUAGAGAAGUUCCUUAUCCUGCUAACAUAGAUAUUAGAGAUACUGUCAAUUAUAAGGAAGUGAUGAAACAGUAUAGUUUAGGACCAAAUGGUGGUAUUGUUACUGCCCUAAAUCUUUUUUCUACAAAAUUUGAUCAAGUUAUAGAACUUAUUGAUAAAGGAGGCAAAGAGCAUGAAUAUGUAAUUUUGGAUACUCCUGGGCAAAUAGAAGUUUUUACAUGGUCAGCAAGUGGGACAAUCAUAACAGAAGCUUUAGCAUCUGAGUUUCCAACGAUUAUAGUGUAUAUAUUAGAUACUGUAAGAAGCGUUAAUCCUGUAACAUUUAUGUCUAACAUGCUUUAUGCAUGUUCUAUACUUUACAAAAGUAAAUUACCAUUUAUUGUUGCUAUGAAUAAGAUUGAUAUCAUCGAACAUAGUUAUGCAGUAGACUGGAUGCAAGAUUUUGAAGCAUUCCAGGAAGCUUUGGAUUCAGAAACGAGUUAUAUUAGUAACUUAACACGUAGUAUGGCUCUUACACUUGAUGAAUUUUACAGUCAUUUACGUAGCUGUGGAGUUUCUGCUGCAACAGGAGCUGGUAUUACUAAGUUUCUUGAACUUAUUAAAGAUGCAGAAGAAGAAUAUGAAAGAGAAUAUAAGAAAGCUUGGAAGAGAAUGAAGAUUAAACGAGAUGCUCAGCGACAAAAGACAGAGAAAGAACAACUUGAAAAAGCAACUCAGGAAGCUACAGGAGAAAGUAUGCCAUUAAUAACAACAGUUAAUAGUGGAAGAGAAAUUUCAGAUAUAUAUUUAAAACAUGCUGGUAAUGAAUCAAGUGAAGAUGAAGAAGGUGAGGAAAAUUCAUUUAAUAACGAAGAAGAUGAAGAAGAAAGAAAGGAAGCAGAGUCCUUCAAAAUUUUUUUAAAUAGACAUAAAAUGCAACAAAAGAAACAUAUAUCUGAUCAACCUACAACAAGUAGUGAUACAUAGCAUGAAAAGAAAUGUUUGUAUUAAAAAAUAAAUUUUGUUAUUAACAAAUAAAUUGUACGUUUAAUAUAAAGAUAUUA